AUGCCUAAAUGCCAAAGUAUCAAGAAAUCUUACACGAUCGAUCAUACAUUCAUAAUUACCACGGCCACUUCACAUAGUGGUAAACUUAAAAAAUUCUCAAAUGCGUUCAUGGUCUAUAGAACAGCUACUCAUCAUUAUCUUAAAUCCAAAAAUCUCGCUUAUUCUUGCUCUAUUGUCUCAAAACUAGCAAGCAAGUUGUGGAAAAAAGAAUCAGAAAAUAUUAAGUACAUAUGUAAACUGUUAGCUGACGAAGCUAAAAAAAACGCAAAAGAAUCUGGAAAGUCUCAGCCUAUCCAAUCCACAUCAAAUUCGAACCGCGUUUGGUCGAAGUUUCCACCCGUUGUUAAUAACUCAUAUAUUGAACUAUUGUUUAAUAAUUAUAAGCGUAUUCAAAAGUUAGAAAAAGAACUUUCUGAUACGAUUGAAGUUAUAGCUUUAAUCAAAAAAUUACUUUCUACAGUAUAA